CAGGCAGUCGGCGGAGCCGUGGAAGUACUUCAGCAGUCAGCCAGAGCCCAGAGGCGGCCGGUGGGAGGAGGCAGAGAGUCCGCAGCUGCCGCCCCGCACAAGCGUCUCUGACAGCCGCAAGAGGAGAGCCACCCGCACCACCCCAUGUCUACGUCUCACAGAGAAAGCCCAGCUGACUCUCGUGCACGUGCGUGUGUGCAGACCAGAGGAGAUGUGAGCCUGAAGCAUUUCUGAACAAAAGGACCUGAAACUGAAUGCUGUCCCGUCAGAGCAGUCAGUCCUGAGCGGUCUGAACACCGGGACCCCGGCGGGUCAGGAGAGCAGACGGCAGACGGCCAGAGCGGACCGACGGGCAGCAGCAUGGCGUCCAUACCGGAGUACUACGCCGGCAAGAACGUGCUGAUCACGGGAGGGACGGGCUUCAUGGGCAAAGUGCUGGUGGAGAAGCUGCUGAGGUCCUGCCCCGGGGUCAAAGCCCUCUACCUCCUGGUCAGACCCAAAGCCGGGCAGUCCAUGCAGCAGAGGGUCAGCGACAUGAUGACCUGCAAGCUUUUCGACCGAGUGCGUGAGGACGACCCCGACUUCCACCAGAAGAUCAUCCCCAUCAGCAGCGAGCUGACGCAGCCCGGCCUCGCCAUCGGCCCGGAGGACGUUGAGAAGCUCUCCGCCUGCAUCAACGUCGUCUUCCACUGCGCCGCCACCAUCCGCUUCGACGAGCCGCUCAAACACGCCCUGCAGCUGAACGUGAUCGCCACGCAGCAGCUCCUCAGCCUGGCCAAGCAGAUGCACCACCUGGAGGCCUUCGUUCACAUCUCCACCGCCUAUGCAAACUGCAACCGCAAGCACAUCGACGAGGUCAUCUACCCGCCGCCCGUCGAUCCCAAGAAACUCAUCGAGUCCGUCGAGUGGAUGGACGACGGCAUCGUGCGCGACAUCACGCCGCGGCUCAUCGGCGACCGGCCCAACACGUACACCUACACCAAAGCCCUGGCCGAGUACCUGGUGCAGCAGGAGCAAGACAAACUCAACAUCGCCAUCAUCAGACCCUCCAUCGUGGGAGCCAGCUGGCAGGAGCCGUUCCCAGGUUGGAUCGACAACUUCAACGGGCCGAGUGGAGUCUUCAUCGCUGCUGGAAAGGGGAUCCUGCGGACCAUGAGAGCCAACAACGACGCGGUGGCGGACCUCAUCCCCGUGGACGUGGUCAUCAACCUCACACUGGCUGCAGGCUGGUACACCGCUGAAUGCAGAAGGAAGACAGAAAAACAGAAAAAUGAAAGACCUAAAACGGCUCUGGUGUACAACUGCACGUCCGGCGGCAUCAACCCGUUCCACUGGGGAGAGAUCGAGCACCAUGUCAUGUCGUCCUUCAAGAGGAACCCGCUGGAUCAAGCUUUCCGAAGGCCCAACGCCAACAUCACCUCCAACUACCUGAUCAACCAGUACUGGAUCCUGGUCAGCCACAAGUUCCCUGCCCUCAUCUACGACCUCGUCCUGCGUCUCUCUGGACAAAAGCCGCAGAUGAUGCGCAUCUUCAAUCGUCUGCACAAGGCCAUCGGACUGCUGGAGUAUUUCAGCAGCCAGGACUGGGAGUGGAACUCUGAGAACAUGAGCAUGCUGCUGAGCCAGCUCACCCCCGAGGACAAGAAGACAUUUAACUUUGAUGUGCGCCAGCUGAACUGGCCCGAGUACAUUGAGAACUAUUGCAUCGGCACCAAGAAGUACGUCCUGAAUGAAGACAUGUCCGACAUUCCUGCAGCCAGGCAGCAUCUGAGGAAAUUGAGGAACAUCCGCUACACCUUCAACACCCUGUUGGUCGUCUUCAUCUGGAGGGUGUUUAUCGCUCGCUCCCAGAUGGCCAGAAACAUCUGGUACUUUGUGGUCAACCUCUGUUUCAAGUUCCUCUCCUACUUCCGCGCAUCCAGCACCAUAACCAACUGAGUCUUCCUCCGAGCCUCAAACCAGAGACGGCGGUCCUCGCCUUCAGCCGUCAGCGGGAUGCAGCAUCUGAGACUCUGACUGUCCACUACGGACACUCCAAAUCCUCCCUCAUGUGCGGAUUAGCUGGGGGCUCUCCACGGGUGGGAGGCUGCAGCUGUGUGAAGCACUCGGAGGGAAGAUCGGAGGUAGCCAUGAAUUAAUGUGUUUAGUUUUUUAAAUCCGUCGUCGUCACCCGCACCGUUCGGUCACCAGAACCCGUCCCGAAAAAAAAGUGUCGUCAUUCAUUUUGUACCUACCUUUUUCUUCUCAACGUGGCCAAUUAUAUAUGCAACAAAAAAGCCUUUCGUGUGACUCCCAUUGUCUUUUCCCAUGUCGUCAUUUCCAUCCUCUUGAAUCUCGGUACAUUGCCUUGCCUUGUGAUGAUUUUUGUUUCAUACUUGAAAUACGGGCAGUGCUUCGACUGGAGGACGAUUUCUGUUUUCUACUGUUGGGGAUAUCCAACUCCUCUUUUUAAUACGCAGGUGAUUUGGCUAUCUGUCUUGUCUUGCAUUAAGUGUAUCUACUGCCUUUUUAAGAUUACACCCCAAACGAACCUGUGGCCAAUCCACAGAUGGAGACUCGUAUUAAAGCUAAAUUCUGACCACACAAGACAACAGUAUCACUACAGAAACAUACAGAUCUGCCAUCCUUCCUGCUGUCGAGGUGGUCACUUCUUUGAUAUCACAAACAAUAAUGUCAGUAUGUCUUUGAACAUAAACCAUGUUUGUUUGAAUGGUCAUCCACUUUUUGCCUGUUUGUACAGCAGUUUGUACUAUAACUAAGUUUACUACUUUUACAUAUUUAUACUUGGGUCAAAGGCACUAUAGUCGGAUAUCUGUGGUAGACCUUGGCAGUGUAUUAUAUAUAAAUAAGAGAACAUCGGAGUCAAGUUUAUUUGUAUAGCCCAGUAUCCCAUACGGUACAAUGUCUCCCAACAUUUCCCAACCAAGCCAACGUUUUCUAAGAAGACAAACUCCCCAGAACCUCAAAAGGCUUUCGGCUGGGGGUGAAAAAGGAGCCAUAGGUGGGGAAAAAAAGUAUUACAAAUUAUAUUAAGUUGUAGCCGUUGGACAUGCCAAAAACAUCAAUGGCAUUUUAAAAGGUCCAAUGCUAAUGUAGUAAGUCCAAGUCCAGUUCAAUAUUAGCGCUGUCAAAUAUCCAAGAUUGUAGGUUUGUGAGGUUGGGGGACGAAGCUUAAAGCUGGCAAUUUAGUUGAAUAGGGCAGUCGGGUCACCUGAAAGAUGGAUACCUAGCUCUUUUUUUACCUGAGAAAUUGACUCAAACGUAAUGCUAAUGGAUGAAGCACAAACUGCAGCAGGGAAGGAGCCAUCAGGGCACCCAGCAGAUAGCAGCACACUGUGUACUUAAAUAAAUGUGAAGAUGAAGGCACUAUUGACUUAAGAUGUAUCUUAGUUCUUGAGGCAGGCCUCUGGAUACUGAUGAGGUCAUAGGGUUUGUUGAAUAUAGCUGAGAAAGAAAGAAAAUCCCCCCAGUGGUAAUAAGAAGUCAAGGCAGCAAGUCUACUGUGUUCAAUUACACCAAGAAAAGAUCAUUUUAGCUUCUUCAAACUGCUUUCGACAGCUGGUAAACCGGACCGAGCGUGGAGCAAUCGUAAGAAUGUAUUGCAAAAUUCAAGUGUCAUCUGCAUAACCGUAAAAAUUCUGCUGAACAGAAGACUUUUGGGAAAAGUAGAGGACCAAGUAUGAAGCCUUGAGGUUGGUCAAACCUUACUUCGAGGGUACUCUGACCUGUAUGUUAGUCUGGACCUAAAUCACAAAAGUGCUAGGUUAUAAAAGAGGGAUUAAAAGCCCUUCUGGUAUCACGUCCUUCAACCUAGUUUGGAAUAUCUGUAAAUAGUUGAACGACAUCUUAUUCUUAUAGACUACCAAAAAUUGUAUUUGACUGUUGAUCUUUGCUUGGUGAGGGUCUUCACAGGACUACACCACAGAGCUUCCUGCUGGGUUUACCAAAAGUGUGACAGGCAAGUCUGAUUUGUACUAAACAAAUGAGAAAACUGUGUACAGUAUUGUAUGUGGCAUGACUCUUGACAGAAUACAACUACGUAACAGUUAUGAGUCUAUGUGGGAGGAAAAAGGGAAAGAACUAAAUAAAUGUUUAUGCAAAGCC